CAACGGCGGACCGGCGGGAUAGGAUAUGGUGGCCGGCCGGCGGCGCACGCGGCGAGCCAACUCAAUUAGUACAGCGUCGAGCAAGAAGGCCGAAGGCGGGGCGAGAGGGAGAGAGAGGCCGGCGCGGCGGCCGGCGGUUGGGACGAAGGGGAGGAACCGCGGAAGCCGGCAGCAGCCAACGAAGAGGGCACAGGGCAGCGCAGCACGGGAGCCGGCAGCGGCGGUGGAGCAGCGUGCGUGGAGGGUGACGGAGCUAGGCUUGGCUCGCACAGGCUCGCUACUGGUUGAAACUUGGCGGCCGCCCUCGGAUUGGGCUCCCCUCCCCUCCCGCUCACUCGCCAGUCGCCACCGCUCGCUGCCCACGCGCAUGGCGUCCUCGCUCGUCUCGCGCCCGCACCUCACCCAGCGCCCGGUCCGCGCCGCCACGCUCGCCUCCGCUACCCGCCCCCGCCUCGUGGCCGGGGCCCUCGGCGGGCGCUGCCAGGCGCAGGCGGCGGGGGACUUGGACGACGCCCACUACAUGCGGCGGUGCGUGGAGCUGGCGCGCAAGGCGGCCGGCCACACCAGCCCCAACCCUAUGGUGGGCUGCGUCAUCGUCCGCGACGGCCGCGUCGUCGGAGAAGGAUUCCACCCCAAGGCCGGCCAACCUCAUGCCGAGGUAUUUGCACUAAGAGAUGCAGGUAAUCUAGCUGAAAAUGCGACGGCCUAUGUUAGCUUGGAGCCCUGCAACCACUACGGGAGAACCCCUCCGUGUACUGAAGCGCUCAUAAAUGCAAAAGUGAAGGAAGUUGUCGUGGGGAUGACUGACCCAAAUCCUAUCGUGGCAUCCAAAGGGAUUGAGAAGCUCCAAGGUGCUGGGAUAAGUGUGAGGGUGGGUGUGGAGGAAGCGUUAUGCCGCAAACUAAACGAGGCUUAUAUCCAUCGUAUGCUCACCGGGAAGGCUUUUGCAACUCUGAGAGCUACACUCUCAAUGAAUGGAAUCAUCACGAACCAGAUUGGGAAGGGAGCUGAUCAGUCAGGUGGGUACUACUCGCAGCUGAUGAAAGAAUACGACGGAGUCAUAAUUUCAAGCGACCUGGCCAAGAUGUCGGCCUUACCUUUGUCGCGUGAAGCCGGCACAAACCAACCUCUCUGUAUCAUCAUAGCACAGGGUGAAAGCUCCCGGCUACACAUCCCAUCUCUCAGCCAAGAGCAUGCAUCCAGGGCCAUAGUCCUUGCCGAUAGUCCGGUCACUGUGGAGCCAGCAGGAGUGGAAGUUGCAGUUUUUCGUCAGAUAGACCUGGAGUCUAUUCUCCAGCUUCUUGCGCAGCGAGGGCUCUGCAGCGUGCUGGUGGACUUCAGAGAGGCCGGCGAAAGCUUCGCGUCGCUUCUGAACGACUUCCAGGAGGACAAGCUGGUGCAGAAGGUCGUCGUUGAGGUCCUGCCCUUUUGGCUCGCGAGCGACGGGCUCAGCAACCUGGCAUUUGGUGGCAGCCAAUCGUUCCCGUUGAAGAACUUGGAGCUCAGGGAUGUGAAUGGGAGUGUGCUGCUGGAAGGCUAUGUGUAAUAGCCUCUCUUCUGUCGGAGAUUGGCAUUGUUUGUUUUCCCUCGUGUAAACAGAUAGCCCUGUAAUAUACUUGCAGAGCCGCCCACGAGCCAUGUGGGGUUUUGCUUUUUUAUAUAUAUAGUUGAAAAUCAAUGCCAUGCGUCCUUCAUUUUGCUGA